GAGAACGUCACCGGGCAGACAAACAUGGCUGCAUGUUAGUCUGAAAAUUUUCUUUACUGUUUGCCAAUAAUUCAUAGCUCUUAGAUGCAUUAUUUCAGGAGUAAGAUAUUUGUUUUUGAUACUCUAAAUAGGUAUGUACAACUUUCAUUGAAAUGAUUUGCAUAUGCAACUGUUAUAAAUAUUGUUUUCUUGUUUAAGUUUGCACGUGCUGUUCUAUAGAAGAUGGGGGCGAGUUAAAAUUAUUUUGAGCGACACAACCGUUUUCAUGGUUUAUUUAUCCAAUAUUUUUGCCUAAAAGUGUAUUUCUGUAUUAUUAUCACUUUAAAUGUGUAAUCUUUACGUCAGAUACCUUGACCAUUUCAAUUACUAUUUAAAUCAGUAUCCUGAAUAUGCGAUUUCGGUCUUCAUUACUUCUUACUACUAUUACUUAACUAGAAUUCAAGGUAAAUUUUGGGUUAACGGGGAUUAUAACGGUAUGGGUUUUGCUAAGAGGUUUUGUUAAGUUUUGCCAAGAGACGUCACUUUUGGGAAUCCCAACACUGGACUUAAAGUGAAUAGACCAAAUCAAUCAUAUGACCUGAAUGAUGUAGGAUAACUUUCCUGAUUUAUACUGAACAUAGCUCACGUCAUCUCAUAACAUAAGCCAAGCUAAAUCAAUCAAUUUCUUUAUUGCCAAAAUAAGAAAUAAAAUCAUGUGGGCCAUCCCCAAAUUAAAAUAUGUUCAAAAUAUCUAUUUAGGUCUGACAAGGAAGUAAACCAUUUAUUUUAUCUUUGACUUACUUAAGGUCAACCUUAAAUAAAAUAUGUUAUGUUAAAAUAUCUAAUUGUUUUUUUUUUCACGGUUUUAAAUGUAUGAAUGAAAAAUGAACUAUCUUCCCUUUGCAGCAUGCUCGUUUUUAGUAUGUUUACAUCGUCUUUAAAUGGGGAGAGGGGUCUGAAAAGGUCAUUAUUUAGUGUGACGCAAUUUUGCGAAAGACCCCAUUUUAAAUUUUUUCGCAAAUUAUGUCACACUCAAACAAUGACCUUAUCAGGCCGGCCCCCCCCCCCUCCCCCAUGUCAGGUCACACUAAUGAAAAAUGAACUAUCUUUCCUUUGCAGCAUGCUCGUUUUUAGUAUGUUUACAUCGUUUUUAAAUGGGGAGAGGGGUUUGAAAAGGUCAUUAUUUAGUGUGACGCAAUUUUGCGAAAAACCCCAUUUUAAAUUUUUUCGCAAAUUAUGUCACACUCAAACAAUGACCUUAUCAGGCCGGCCCCCCCCCCCUCCCCCAUGUCAGGUCACACCUGAAAAAACUCCAGACAUACAUAAAAUUUUCAUAACUAACCUAAGAAUUAGUUCUAUUCUUUAACAUUUUCCCAUAAUGGAUUAAUAUGCACUAUUAUUAGAAAACUAUGUCGUAAAACACAAAACAACAAAUUCCUCCUCAAGCAGAAACAUUUUUGUGCCAUUUUUCGAUACGCACGACUGAGAUUCACGAUAUUUAUAAUACCUGAGGCCGAGGCAAUUUCGAAAAAUUUUAGAUUCUAAAAAAAAUUUAUGACGUCACAAAUUUUAUUUGUACCCACCCCUCCCCUGUCUCAAAGUGUCAGAAAUUCUCAAAUUUAUAUGCCCAUUCAAGUUUGUUUCCUAAUUUGUUUAUUUUUUAAUUUUAAUUUUUUUUUUGUUCCUCAUACAGAUCUAAAUGAAAUCUUUUCUGUCUGAAAAGGCUUUUCUUCACCCAAAUAUUUAAAAAUAGGUCUAUCCUAAGAACUAGUCAAGAAUUAAUAUCAAGUGCUGCUUGUUUUAGUGUUUUAAAAGAAAGCAAUAAUUAUUAUAAUGUCCCACAAUCAUAUGCUGAGUAACCAACAGCAGCAACAUUCACUGAUGAACUCGGGUGCUACAGCUUCAGGCGGACAGCAGAGGACAAUGAUAGCACAGCGAGGUAAAUAUAAUAUACUAAUAGUUUUUCAAAAUUUUUAGGAAUGAGUAAUAUGUAGAUGAACGAGUCAAAACAAGUUAAUAUAAUUUUGCAACAUCUUUAAAAUCUGAAAGUGUAUCACCUAAUGAUUAUUGAUAUCAUUGCCGUGGCUGUACCAUCACUGUUUUGGUUGCACCAGUAGAUUUUGAUGUUAUAUAAAAUGUUAUAACAAAUAAAUGUGAUUUAACCCUCUUGGGACAGAGUCCUUUUGGGGUGUUAGUGCCAAGAAGACAGAAAUUUUUACAAACGCAGCACUCAUAUUGCAAAUAAUAAACUUUUUCCUUUACAUGUAUGAAACUAUAUAUUUUUUUAGGAAAUAAAAUGAACUAAUACAAUCUUUGAGAAUCAAACUGAAAUCUAAGCCAGGGGUGCCACUUUUCCGGGUCAUCCUGAAUUCCGGAUUCAUGAGGCUAAAUAUUUUUCAGUGUCGGAUUCACGAGUUUUUAUAUUCUCUAUUUCCGGAUUCGCCAGUUCAAUUUAUUCAAAUACGGAUUCUGUCUGUUUUUUUAAAAAAGAAUCAACGUGCUCCAGAAUUCGCGAAAAACCAGGAAAAUUCCUUGAAAAUGGACGUUAUCGCCGAUCUCUCGUCUAUUUUUAGCCUUUCUGUUGACAGAGAGCUAGUGGUUUCCCCUUGCGCAUGCGCUUUACACUACGCGUUUCGAGUACCGUACUACUUCGAUAGACCAGAAAUAUUUAUUUUCUGUUCACGUCGCCGAUCAAGAGAUAUUUGAAGUGUUUGGGUAAGCAAAGUGUAAAAUUUAGUAAAUAUCUUUUUAAUUUAGUUUUUAAUUGUGGGGUAACCAUUAUCAUAAAAAGAAAACUACUCGUCCGAGCGCUGUCUAACAAGACUAAGCUUAGCGUACUUUGUUAUGUAGUUUUUCUGUAUGCAGGCGACUUGUAUUUUUUUUAUUAGAAGAGCUAGGCGGCGUUUAACUUUUUUUUAAAGACUUCUUAAGUUCACUUUACAUUUAAUUACGGAGUAAGCCUUCUAAUUUUAAAUAGGCUAAUAUGAUUAAGUUAUUUUUAUCCGUUCUGUAGAGAGCCUGACAUAACUGUAUUUAGUUAGUUUUUGUUUAUUAGUUAUGCACUCCCGUGUUCUAACUCUGGGUAUACUUUACGGUAAUUUGUAAUUCUACUAUUACUAGUAUUCAUAAUGCUCUGUAUUACCGUAGCAGUAGUGCCGUAGUUAAAUACUGGUAUAAUAGUCGAUAUUAUUAUGUAUGCCUUACUAUAAACUAUAAAUCUAAUAAGAUAAUAUAUUUUAUUUUGUUUCACUAUUCAGGAUAUAGGCUCAAUAAAAAUAUGUAAUGCCCAACAGUUAACAGUUCCUUUAACUUUAAAGAACUGAUGGGCAUUACAGUUACAGAACAGCAAUUGGCAAUCAUGAUUGAAUAAGCAUUCAAUGAAUACCAUGCUGGAAAUAUUGAUAUCAAGUAUUCAAGGGGAAAAUGUCUGAGUCAAUCAUCUUUAUCACCCAUCUUAGGUGUCCACUUUUGUAACGUCUCAAUUUAUGAAAUUUAUGUGUCAAACUAUGAAACUCUCACACUUGGGAGAUAGUAUAGAUACUAAAGUGUGUUGAUUCAAACUAUCCAUUUUCCUUUUCAUCAUAAAGAAGACAACAUUAACUCCAUAUAGGAAAAGAUACUUUCCACUUGUAGUAGCUAUACUUUUGUUCUAAAAUGCCCAGAUAACUCAUUGCAAAAGUUGACUUUUCAAGUCUAAGUAAAUUGAAAAAUUGCUAUUGCUGUAAAUUUAAUAAAUACUAAUAAAUGUUUACAUGUAUACACCUUAAUUGCUUAAUUUUGUUCAUUUGUGAUGUAUCUCAAUGUUUUAUUUGAUAAUUUCAUGCUUGUUUUUAUAUUAAUCAACAAAAUGCAGCAUUGCGAUAAUCAUGAAUUUUGAGUUUCAUUAAGUUUCAGGGAUUGAAAAAUUUGUAAAUGAAGUUUCAGGUUUCAAGAAAUUUUUAGAAAGGGAUUUCAGGGUUCACAGCUUUCAGUGAGUGGCACCCCUGAUCUAAGCAUUUAUGCUAUCCUGAUUUGCAUAAUUUAUGCAUGUAAUUUUUGUUACAUUUAGAAAAAGCAUAACUUACUUGUAUCAUUUAUGUGAAUUUUUAAUGCCUGAAUGAGUCCUAACACUUGUGUUUUGGGGGAAAAGGGCCCGUGUAUGCCCUUCAGACACCUCAGGGGCCAUCCAUAAAAGACGUACACCAAUUUUUUGCUAUUUUUAACCUGGGCCUCCGUCAACGGUAAUAAUUACUUUAGGCUUUACUAGUCCACCAUUUGCACAUGCCACAUUCUUGAAAAUAUCAAGAGAGACAAGUACAUCAAAAUCUGCAACAUGUAAUGCAGCAGAACUGGAAUCAUGUUUACCACUCCUUGUUGAUAUGGAUGUUGGUCCGGAAUAGGUCACACGACCAUCCUUGAUAAUACAUGAGGCAUAAAAUGAAAUUUUGUUUUUUAGAUUACGAUUGUAUUUUUAAAUUUAAAUAUAUUUUUACAUUUUUUCGUAAAAUAAUUAAUUUGUUGUCAUAUAUCUAAUUUUUUAAUAAAAAAUAAAGUCAAAUUCAAAUAUUCCGGUCAUUUUUUAACCCCAACACAAAAUAAAAAUCAUUAAAGAUUUUCUGGAAAAACUCUAAGAAUUUAACAAAACUGUUAUUUGAGAUUUUAUUGUAUUUGACAAAUCAAACUUUAACAACAUAUUUUUAAAAUAAUGUUCAAGCGUAUUAAUUAUUAAUAUUGAAAAAAUCGUUUCUAAAUUUAACCACUCAGUUUGUGAAAGAUUGUUUGAGUUUGCAUUCUAACUCUUUUGUCAUUAAACUAGAAGUUUUUUGCAGUAAAUUUAUGCAAAACUGCUGCACUUAAAAAACCACUAUAAUGUGGACAUCCACUUUGUCCUUAAACACCCCCCCCCCCUCUCUUGUCCACUUUAGUCCACUUUUUGCUGAACCCCCCCUACCUCCCCCCUUUUGUAUGGACGUCUUUUAUGGAUGACCCCUCAGAUGGUUCUACUCCUUUUCCUGCCCCAGGCUAUUUUUCAGUUGCUACAGACACUGUAACAGGCCCUCAUUUAUGACCUAGAGACCUUCUCUUAAGUAGGUGUUACUGAGAAAGUUGUCUGCAUACCUGUUGGUCUCUCUCAUAAACAUUUGAGUGAUAUUUAGUGUAAAAAUAGCAUAAAGUACUCAAAUGGGGUGCCUAUGCCUUGAGGCAUAUUUAUAGGUCAUAUAUUUUCAUGUGUGGUCAUCUCUAUCCAGUUCAGGACCCCUAGUGCUAAACCAAGAGUGACAACAUUAUUGUCAACAUCAUCAUUUUGAUUGUCUCCAUUACUUUCCUGGUUGUUUUCAUCACUGUCAGAUUGACUGCUAGCAUAUCAGAAUCGCUAAAGAUUGUUUUUUCAGUGUCACUGUCAGACAUUUUGGAAUUUUAAGAUAUUACUUGAAACCCACACAAAAAUUCUUGAUUGCAACAACUGCCAGUUGACAAUAAAUGGAGGCCGCCAUUACAAUGCCAGGGUGUGCAGGAACAUGUUAGAAGAAAUCUGAUAAGUUGGUAUGAAGACCAACCAUCCAAUAUCGAGGCUUGAAUUAUUGGGCCGAUAGAUCUACCGUUCGUUCCUAUUCGCUACUUUGGCCUAGUGGUUUUAAGAGGGUUAAAGUAUAUAGAUCAAACAACUUUAGCUUGGAACAAAAAAAAUUAUUAUAUGGUUGUUGGUUUUGAGGGCCACAAUUUACAUGUCUCAGGGUGUUUUAUAUAUAUAUGUGGGGUAUUUAUAUUUAGGGAGUUUUCAGACUGUGUGAAGGACUGCUUUCUAUUUAUUUUUAAAAUAUACUUUGGAUGUAGUGCAUAAAAAAAAUAGUUAAUGACAUUAAUUAUAUUGUUUACUGAAUAAUCUCAGGUUCCCAAGUUUUGGCUCAGCCAAAGUCAGCAUACCAGCUUCAACCUGCUUCUGUCUCUCAACUGUCACAUAUUCAGCAACAGCAAUUGGUGAAUAACUUUCAUAGUCAGAAACAAAUGUCACCAGAUAUUUCUUCAACUCAUCAAUACAAUUCUGCAAUAGGAGGCUUGCCAUCACAGAAUGGAAAUUACCAAAGCUUGACGAGUAAGGCCAUUCAUAAUUUCUUUUCUUGCAUGAUGCCUAUUGUAUACCAAGAUGUUCAAUAUCUUUGUUUUGAAGAGCCAUCACAGUAGACAUUUUUUAUACUGUUAAUAGUUUAAUCACUUUUUUAUUUUUUGAAAAUAUAGAUAAAAUAUUCUUUUACCUAUUAAAACUGGGGAAAAUUUCUUAUGAAUAUUUUCAGGUACAUCCCUUCACUCAAACAUAACUCUUGAGGGUAAUGCAUUGAGUGUCCAACAUCAGCAUCACCAGUAUCCACAAACUCAACAGCCACAACCCCCAAUUCAACCUCCAGUUCCACAGCACCACUACCAGUCAGCUUCUGUAUCUCAGCCCCAACAACCUUCACAGCAUCACCUUCAUCAGUCCAUGCAACAACAGCACCAUCAUUUGCUUCAGCAUCAACAGCAGCAAAUUCAAAUUCAACAGCAACCAAUACCUCAACAUCAGUCCUCUAGCUAUCAGCAACAUCAGCAGGCACAGCUUCAAAUUCAGCAACAUUUACAGCAGCGAAGUCUGCACCAACAGCAACGAUUUCAGAAACAGCAACAAGUGCAGCCAAAGCAAAUCCUGCAGCACCCUACUUCUGCCUCCAAAAAUGUUUCCAGUCAAAUUCAGCAACCCAGUCAGCCAUCCACCCUUCAGCUGCAACCCCAACAGCAAUCAAAACCCUUAAUUAUUAAUGGCCAAUCUGGAAUAACUGACAGCAAGAAAGAAAGCAGUGAUAAGGUAUUUAGUACUGUAAUUAAGGAAUUUUAUCUUGAAAUUUAGAUUUCCCAUUUUUGUAAAAGCAAAACAACGACCUUUAACUAUAUUGUUUUAAACUUUAACACAGCCAUAAUUUUAACACUUAAAGGAGCUUUCAAUAGUUUUCUUUCAAUUCUUCCAUAUAAUAAACUAAUCUGCAACUGCAGAAAUAUUAUUCUCCCCACUAUCUUUUUUUCUACCAGGUUGAAGUAAAGCUAGAUGAUAAUGAAGAAUCUGAAGAAUCUAAAAAUAAUGCCACUGAGAUGCUUGGCUUGGCAAACACAAAAGAGAAAACCCCCAUGUGUCUUAUAAAUGAACUAGCCAGGUUUAACAAGGUAUCCAAUUUUUUUAAACUUUUGCUAUUGAGAUUUCUCCAAUUUUAUUUUAAUGUCACUUAAAAAUGUUUUUGUAGUGAGAUUACUGUUGCAUAUUUUUAGAACUUAUUAUGUUUUGUAGAUGAGCCAUCAGUACACGCUGGUGGAUGAGCAGGGCCCUGCACAUAAGAAGACCUUCUAUGUUAAACUGAAGCUAGGAGACGAGGAAUACUCUGCCUCAGGGGAAAGCAUAAAGAAAGCCCAACAUGCCGCGGCUGCUAUAGCCUUGGUUGAAACAAAACAUCCGCAUCCACCACCAAAACCUGCCCGGUACAGCGGUAGCAACAGUGUAGAUAGUGGAGGUAUGUUUACCUAAAAUAUGUUGGUGUUUUCAUUAUUUGUUUCUUGUCUAGGCCAGGGGAACAUAGUGAUUAAAGCAUCAAAUUCUUAGGUCCAUGGAGAUUUAUCUGGAAUGGAAGCUGCUUAUUGGUUGUAACGAUAACCAGACCUGCCAACCCUUCCGAGAAACCCCUUAAAAUUCCUAUUUUUCGAACUUUAACUGUAAUAAAAAUCCAAAAGUGACCCCAAAAAUUCUGGUACGACAGGAAGUGUUGAAUUUGUUUUUACGAAGUGCAUACAUGUCUGGCAACUGGACGAUUAAGUGAAUUAUUUUUUAGAUAUUCUUCCGGCUAUUAAAUAUUCGACCAAGUCAAUGACCACCGUAGCAAAUUUCCACAAGAUAUUUGUCCGUCAGCUUGUCAUGUGACUAAUUGCUGAUCAGACUUUACUGUACUUCAUUUCAGCAAAUUCAAGAUAGUCUGGACAUUUACAAGCAUGCUUUUAAGAGUAUUUUUAAAAGUAUUUUUGCAGCUCAGUGAAUAAUGCAUGUGAGGAGAGUUGUGAUCAUUGAGCAGCUAUUUUUCAGUCUGUUUCAGUAACACAUUAAGUUAAUCUUCAUGAAAGGGAAUUCCUUUCUAUUUCAGAUGAAAACAUAACUCCCACUGUUGAAUUAAAUGCACUUGCAAUGAAACGUGGCGAAGCUGCAAUAUACAAGGCUAUUGAACCACAGCAACCUCCUUACUAUCAUCAGCCGGGAAUGGAUUACAGAGGCAUAUACAGCCAGAGGUAAAGAAAUUAUUAUUAUUAUUUAAAAAGUAAAUUUAAUCAGAUGAGUCUUAGACUAAUCUUUUCUCCUCUACUUCUGAAAACAGUUCUUUUGUAUUAUUAUUAUUAUAUAUUGUUAAAGGGAUUUAGUGUAAAUUCUUGAAAAGGAAAACAUUUUAAAACUUAAUUUUCCAGUAUAAUAUAAUUGGUGUUAUUUGAUGUAACUCAGACUUUAAAAAAACAUUUAAAAAUCACUACUUCCCAUUGGUUUUUUUUCCAGCCCGCAACCCUACAUAAAUCCCUUUGAACCUCCAAUUGAGGUUACCUCCAGUGGGCUGGAAACCUGUACUCUAGUAACUGGAUUAUCUUGUGUCAAACUACCUUUAUAUUAUGUACUUUUCCAAAAAUCAACACAGUAUACAUAUUGGAUGAUUUAUGUUUCAUUUUAGAUACCACCAAUACAUGCGUGCCAGUAGGGAUCCCCGAUAUCGGGGCAGUGGUGUACUCUGGCCUCUUAGGUACCAUUAUCCCCGUAUGAAUCGUCCAUUUUACGUCUCCUUGCGUGUUGGCCAUCGUGAAUUCAUUGGUGAUGGCCCAACACGUCAGGCAGCACGUCACAAUGCAGCACAGAAGGCCCUGCGCAUCCUUAAAAACCUGCCUGUACAGCAUGAAGCUAAAAAAGAUCAAGAGCAAGCUGAAGAAGAAAGUAAUGGUAAGUUCUCUUACUCUUAAGAAAUUUCUUAUGAAAAUGUUCAAUUGAAAUGAUGAAUUUAUUAUUACAUAAUUUGUAAAUUUAUGUUGCAAUAGAUAUUAUGUAUUUACUGUUUCUAUCUGGCAUUGUUUUUUCCUUUUUUUUUUAUAUAGAUAGUCUUAAGUCAGAAAUCAGCUUGGUCCAUGAAAUUGCCUUGCGCAGAAACAUGCCUGUCAAUUUUGAGGUAACUUUUGCUUAUUUUUCAGCGUGUAUAAAUAUACUUGCAUUACGAUAAUUUUAUUAAUAACUCCUUUGAAUGUUUGGCUUGUUUUAUUUUAUGAAGGAAUUUAACUUUAAAAUGUUCAACAGGUGAUCCGUGAAGCUGGCCCGCCCCACAUGAAGAACUUCAUUACCAGAUGUCUUGUAGGUGAAAAGGUGACAGAAGGAGAGGGGAACAGUAAAAAGACGUCCAAAAAGAAAGCUGCAGAACUUAUGUUGGAAGAGCUCAGAAAAUUACCGCCUGUUCCCACUCCCUUAUAUCCCAGGCCGAAAUCAAAGAUUCAGCUCAACAAAAAGAAGAAUAGGAAUCUUAUCAAGGUUUUUGUUACGUUUUUGUGCGCAUAUUUUUAAAAAGCAUUUUUUAUAUUAUUUAAUAUUCUUUUAUUUUUGUACAGCAACAUAGAUGCAUUUAUUUUAACCAUAUCCAACGUAGGAAAAUGGUUUGGUUCUACAAAAUAAGUUUGUAUAAAUCUUUGUACAGUCAGAACUUCAGCAACAGAAAGCUGACCCUAACUAUGGUGUUGGCAUUAAUCCGAUCAGUCGUCUUAUUCAAAUUAUGCAAGCACAGAAAAAGAAGGAACCUGUUUAUACUCUUGUAGCUGAAAGGGGCCUGCCAAGAAGGAGAGAAUUUAUUAUGCAGGUAGGUGCAAAUUUCUUAGUCAGUUAUUGUCUUUGUUUAAAAAUAUUUUCAGAACUGUUGGAAUUAUACAUUGGGAAAUUUAAUCAAUGUUUUUUAAAUUGCAUGUGUUGCUUAAAUAUCUAAGAAGUUUGUGUCCAAUGUCGCAGUCCUUUUGUAAAGACAUAUUUUUUUAGAAAUAUUUUUCUUUACUCUGCCAGGUUGAGGUAGAAGAUAAAAAUUGCACUGGAACGGGUCCAAACAAAAAGCUUGCAAAACGAUCAGCUGCAGAGGCAAUGUUACAGAUUUUGGGGUACACUAAGCCUAGUCCACAGCCUGCAAAAUCUGCCUUCAAACAUCCUCCCUCUGGGGAAGUAAGUAAAUUUGCCUAAGAGUAGAGCAGACUACGAUUAGUCUGAUGUAUUGUCAGCAAAUCAUUAAAUUUAUUUAAGUGUAUGUUCAAAUAUUGUCAAAUCUUGAGUUCCAACCAAUUUUUUAUUUUAUGUCUUAAUAAGUAUGGAGAAAAUCUUUUCAAAUGAACAAAAACUAACAUAACACCAGAGCUGUAAAAUCAAUGAUUAAAAAUAAAGAGUGAUCAUUUUGAUAAGACAUCUCACUCCUUUACGACUUAUUCAAUAACAGACAUUUAAUUUUCAGGGAAACCAAAGCAAUGGAGACAAAAAGGUUACAUUUGUUGAGGGGGAUCCACCUGCUGAAAGUACAGAGAAACCAUCAGGUCCCACUCAAUCUAUACAACAGAGAGUGCCUGGGUUACUUCAUCUUCCUACUUCAAACAGCAAAUUGGUCAUGAACUCUGCAGGUAGUUGAAUAAUACAAUUUUUAUCAAGAAUUAAAAGAUUUUUUUUUUCAAAGUCAGAUUUGAUUCGGACUUUAAGUUUAAGCUGUCUUACUAAAUUUUUAUAAAAAUAAAGCAGUUUGAAAUUUAUUUUGAAAAGGGAUAAUUUCUUUAGUAUAACUUUAGGUACCCUUAAUUAAACAGGUAUUCUUAUAAUAUUCAUUUGUUUAUUUUUGCUGCUGUAACAGCUUCAUCUUCCAGUUCUCUGACACAGAAAGAAUCCUUGGUAAAUUUAGCUAGUAUUCUGAAGCCUAACCUGCGACCAGAAGUUCAAUUACGAGAACUCUGCAAGGCCUUAGGCCAAGAACUUGAGAUUGAUGAUUUUACAAAGGUAUGUAAAAGUAGCUUUUAACCUUAUAGCUAGCUGGAUUUUAAUAUUUAUUUUUUGUUUAAAAAUUAAUCAGAUGUCCUUUUUUAAAAUGUGCAUGUAUAAUUUUUAUUCUAUUAAAAAUUGCUUUUUUUUUCAAGCAACUCAUAUUUUUCAGUGUUCCUGGUCAAUUCUUACUACCCAAACUUAAACUUUGUAAAGCGACAUUGCUGCAUCAUUAUUUCAAUAGCCUUCGAAAUUUAAGCUUUGUUAUAAGUAGCUAAAUUCAACCUUUAUUUUAUGGGAUUAACAGCUGCAUAACCCAAUUGUAUUGUUGUUGUUUUUUUCCAAGUAUAUAAGAUUCCUCAUUCGCUGAUUACAAUUAUACUUUUUAACAGAAACGGCAAACGGGAACAGAGCACAUUACGCGGAUCACUGUUGGCAAAGAACCGUCUCAAAAUUUUCAUGGAAGCAGCAAUACUCUUGAAUCAUCAAGAGACAUGGCUGCCUUAGAUGCUCUGAAGGUUUUGCUAGCUAAGGUCAAGGAUAUUCAUCCUGGUGGUGAUGGGUGAGCCUUAAUUUAUUAAAUUAUUAAAUUUUAGUCCUCCAUAAUUGCUUACUCUGGAUUAUCAAUUAUCAAGUGCAGACAUUGCAAUUUAUUAUGGAAAUUUCUUUUUAUUAUAAUUUUAUCUGUAGAUAUUCAUAACUUUUAAAAAUCAUAACUCAGAAAGUGAUAUAAUGUGACUUCAAUUUUAAACAAGUUUAGAAAUUGAUCAUAUUAAAUUCACAGAUAGUUGAGAUUCUUAACACUUCAUAUCCUCUUAUUGUAACCUUGAUGUCCAAAGGACGCUAUUCAUGAAUUGUCUUCCAUGCACAGUGCACAUAUUUUAACUUGUUUACUUCCGCAAUAGAUCAACCAAAUGAAAUGAAAAUAGCUUAAGUCAGAUUUUUGGAAAGGAAAAAUGUAUUUGUGAUAAAUUUAAUAUCAAUUUAGAUGUAAUUAGAGAUAAUUCAUUGGUUAAGUAUGCAAGCUGUAAUAAUGCAGACUCCUGUAUUUAAAUUAACGAAAUGAAAUGUCAUCCUUUUAACAAAAAUACCUCAUUGUAUAAGUUAUUCCAUGCAUAGUUAUUAUUCACGGUUUUCCAAGGAUAAAGAAACCGGUACGUUUUCAUCCAAUAAAAUUAUUAUUAUUUUUCCUUAACCCACGACCUAUUAAAUGCAAACGUGCUGUGUCAACUCUUUUUUCAUAACGUGAUAUGUAUCACUAAAAUACCCAUUACUAAUAGAAAAUGAAUCCAGAGACCCAGAUAAGUAUAGAUAUUCUGAGAGUAAAUUGAACAAGAAAUCAUACAAUAUGAAUUUUAAAAUUCUGUGAGCUUUGUCUAAUGAAUAUGACCUUAACCUUUCAAUGAGUGCAACUGUGAUAAGGUUUAUCUUUCUUCAGCUCACACCCACACUGACUGAUCAUCUAAAUAAGUUUUUCAGACACAUAAAACAUUCUUUCAGUUUAGAAAAUAUAAAGUUUUUAGGUUUAUAGAACCUGCUUAUUUCUUUAUAUAAAGCCUAUUCAAUUCAUUAGCAACCUAUUUUACACUAUUAGAACUUGAACUGCUACUAGUAUUUGCUUGAUCCACUAUCAUAAUUUUCACUACCCUGAGUAAUGCCAACAAAACUGUCUUCAAACUCACUAUCGUAAGAAAUAAUUCAAAUAAAUUAGGCUAUUGUUUUGCAGGGCCAACAUCUGAAUCCUACUAGUUAGUUUUAACAAUUAAUUUCUGCUGGGUUUAAAUUAUUUUAAAAACAUGUACACAUCAAUUAUUUACCUAAGUUUUCUAUAAAUUAAUAAGGCCUAUUUUGUUUGAGAUGUCUAUCUCUCUGAACUGUUGCUUCCUUACAUCCCCACAAGACAACUACGUUCUUCCAUUGACAGUAGAACCCUCUCAAUCCCAAGAACUAAAACUAAGACCAUCGGUGAAUGCUCCUUCUGCUUCCAUGGGCCCACGUUCUGGAACCAGCUCCCCUUCCAUAUACGUCAUAGUGAAACCUCGUCCAUUUUCAAAAAGUCCCUUAAAACUCAUCUGUUUAGGUCCGCCUAUGACCUGUGAUGCACCCUCCUUGCCCUACCUCAUUUUCUGUUUCGGGUUGAUUUAGAAUAGUAGUUACUAUCCUAGUGUCUCAUUUGUAUUUACUUAGUUUACAUGUUUUAAUAAUUGUAAAGCGCUUAGAGCUUUAUGAUAAGCGCUAUAUAAAAAUGCCUAAAUAAAUAAAUAAAUAAAUUGGCAUUGGUCAGUUAUAUCUGCCAUAACGUCACAGAAGCAGCUAUUAUGACAGAUCAUGGGUUAAGUAUGACACUUUUUGCAUGACUUUAUAUAUUUUUAAAAAAUCCAACACAAUUGUUUAAUAAAUCUGCAUUCUUGCAAGUCUGUAAUUUGUAUAUUCUGAUAAAAGGACUAAUCAUAUAUAUUUUUUUUAUAUUAACUAGGCCUCAAGUCAAAAAGGAACUUCUCACCAGGUCAUCUUCUGGUAUGAAAAAGGACAUCUCUAAAUAGACAUUGGCAUGUUGAAAAUCAUUUAAUUUUAGAACUUAAUUAGCUAUUGGUAAUGUGACUUAUUUUAUUAUUAUUAUUUUUUAAUACAAGUGUUCAGACUUGUAAGUUAAGCUCCAUUUUUUAAAAUAAAUGUUCAAAAAAAAAAGUAGGCUUUUAUUAGUUAAGAAAAGAAGGGGAAAAAAACAUGAUUGCCAAUUGAAUGUAGUUUAUAAUAACGAAUCUAAUUUUUUAUUGAAGUUAUCCCCAUCAAAAAUGUUUAUUUCAACUACCGGUAUUUAUAAUUGUUACUUCUUUUUGUUAGUAAUUCUAUUUUAAGUACUUGAGAUAAACUUCUUGAGUUAUAGAAUUGUGAAAUGAUGGGAUUUAGUUUUUUAAGUAUCCAAACUUAGGUUGAAUUUUUUUAUUUGGGGGCUAGAUAAAGAAACUUAAGAAAACAACUAUAUUAACCAGCUUAUGUCAUAGUAAUAUCCCUCAGUACUUACAGUGUUGUGUGACUUCUGGUAUUUUGUGUAAACUAAAGACGUGAAUUUUGCUUUUUAUUAUUUUUUCUAUUUUAUACAUACUUAAAAAAGGAGAGACAAUCAUUUAUGAAUCACAAGAAUUUUAAAAUAUUUUUGUCUUUCAAAAGUGCAUGGGUGUUGUUUUUCUAAUCAUUAAGUUCGUUGGUAAAUUCAUUUUUUAAAGUAUACUAUAUAUAGAUUAGAAUGACACAAGUCAUACAGAAACAAUCAUAAAAUUGUUUAUAUAUUCAUAUUCUGAUUUAUUUAUUUUCCUCAUUUCUUCUCUGGCCUCAGUAUCCUGGUAUGUCUUUAUUUUAUAACAGCCAGGAGCUUUUUUUUUUUUUGUUAAGCCUAUCACAAAUAUCAGAGGGUGGGUGGCUGAGCAGUCACUGUACCAUAUUCAUUUUUUAUGUGUAUUAUGGUAUGGGUUUCUUGCAAUGUGUACUUACUAUGUCUGAGAUAGCGUUGACCAUAAUGAACUUGACUUCACUGAAGAAAUUCAUGACGACAAAUAUCAUUAAUCAAUAUUUGUCACAGCAUGAGAAAAAUAUACAGCUAUUCUUUCUCUAUGUUGUCUCAAAUGUAUGGUACUUUUUUUUAGGGAAUAUGGACUUUGGUAAAACAAAAUGAGAUGAUGUGAAGUAAAAUGGAAAGAAAGCAAAUUUUCGCUAUUCAAAAUUCUUUGUACAUUUUAGCCUUGUCUUUGUAAGAAGUUUCAGUUGCUCUGUGCCUUGGGGUCUCUACCAAAUUAUUACUACAGCACUUUUAGAACAACCAGUGACCACAUUUCACAGAGCAAUAUUUAUGGGUGUUUGAAUAUAUUCCCUAACUAAAACAAUCUAGUCCUAUGUAGUAAGUACAUUAUUAGCCAACAUUGUUUGGACAUUGCUUCUUUCCAAAAUUUGUUUGUAAGGAAAACCUAGUAUGGUGUGUGUUACCCCUUCUAAUUAUGAAUAGAAUAUAAGGAUAUGGCAUAGUUUGAUAACAUUUUGUCUAUUAAUAAAAUAAUGCCUCAUUAUAUUCUACAUUUUGUGUGCAGUUGGAUUAUUAUAGAUACUGCUUUGGGUAGGGCUGAAGCAGUGUUGAAGUUAACAUUUGAACUAUAUCAAAACUGAUUUCUGACAUUUGCUUUGUAUACCAACCAUACUAUUGUGAUGUAUUUCAGGUGUAUUUAUGGGUUGCGACAUAAUGCCAAAUGUCCCUAAGACUCAAGGGUACAAACAGGUAGUGGCCAUCUUAAAGGCCCUUGUGUCUAAAUAAUGGAAAUAUUGUAAAUUUUGUACAUAAAUCAUCCUAUGUUGAUUAUCUUCAUACUAACUUUUCAGGGUUUUUUUCCCCUCUUAAAUCCAGUCUAAUAUUUUGAUUAAGAGUUUUUGUGUUUAAAACUGAGAUGGGCUCUCAUUCAUAUCAUCAUUUUUAGUUUACUAAUUGAAGCUUUAAGCUUUAUUUCUUUGAAAUUGAUUUUUGAAAUUCCGUUUUUUCAAAUUUGAUUACCAUACUUUUUUUGUUUGGGUUGCCUUGAGAUUAUACUUGAUAAAAUGUGUUCUACCUAAUGUGGUUAUGGCAUUGUUUGGUCAGCAUAUAUAAAUGUACCACACUGCAGAGUUGUUUGGUUAGCAUCUAUAAAUGUACCACACUGCCAAGUUGUCCAAUGAGCUAUGAUACACAAUUUGUGGGAUGUCUUAUUUCGCUAGGUUUCUUUUGCUAUGUGCAACUCACCUUUGCAUUCGUUGUUACUCUCUAAUUUUGAGAUUGCUUGUUACUAUUAGUAACAAUUUUAUUUGAUGAUUCUAGUAUCAGAUUUUGAGAAAAGUUCUGUUUAACCAAGUUGGUUUUUUAGUUCUGAAUUUUGUAUGAAUCCAUCUUAAUAGUACUUGCUGGAGCAAUAUGUUUCUGAUUUAUUCCCCAUAUUGUGUAUUUGGUUAAUUAUUCAGAGUUGUCAUAAUUUUGAUUUAGUAUGAAGAUUAAAUGUUCUCGUUUACCUCCAUUAAUCACAUGAUCAUAUGUAUUUGUAGAUUAUGACAUGAUCAUAUGUGUAUGUAGAUUAAUGACAUUGGUUGUUAUUAUUUUCUCAUUCUCCCAAAAAGGAGAUUUGUUUUUAUUUUUAAAAAUAAACUUUGAGUUAACUGCAACUUUUA